UCUAUGUAGUCUCAAAAUCACGGUCGUUAAUAUUUUGAAAUUUUUUUCAUAUCUAUAAACACUAAAAUACUUGUUAAAAUAAGCAAGAUUUUUAAAAGUGAAUAUUCCAAAAAAGGGGUUAACCAUGAUGAGCCUACGUGACAGGCAAAUAAAUGCUUUAAAACAGAUGUUAAAUUUAAAUCAACCAGAGCAAAAAUUAGAAGAUGCUGUACCGAUAUGGAAAGUUCUAAUUUACGAUAGACUUGGACAAGACAUCAUUUCACCGUUAAUAUCUGUAAAAGAACUCAGAGAGCUUGGUAUUACACUUCAUAUGCAAUUACAUUCUGACAGAGAUUCUAUUCCUGAAGUGCCAGCUAUUUACUUUUGUGCACCGACAGAUGAAAAUCUAGACAGGAUUGGUCAUGAUUUACAAAAUGGAUUAUACGAUAUUUAUCAUUUGAACUUUAUAUCUCCAAUAAGCAGACAAAAAAUAGAAGAUUUAGCAGCUGCAGCAUUGCUUGGUGGUGUAGUAUCAAAUAUCCAUAAAGUAUUCGAUCAAUAUUUAAACUUCAUAUCUUUGGAAGAUGAUCUGUUUAUUCUUAGACAUCAAAACAGUGACAUCAUAUCAUACCAUGCUAUUAAUCGGGGUGAAGUGAAAGAUACCGAAAUGGAAUCUGUAAUGGAAAUUAUAGUUGAUUGUCUUUUCUCUGUGUUUGUCACAUUGGGUACUGUUCCAAUUAUAAGGUGUCCAAGAGGAAAUGCUGCAGAAAUGGUUGCUAGAAUGAUUGACAAAAAAUUAAGGGAAAAUGUUUGGGAUGCAAGAAAUAAUUUAUUUGAAAAUGAAACAACUGGUCAUUAUAAUUUUCAAAGGCCACUUCUAAUAAUAUUGGAUCGUAACAUAGAUAUGGCUACACCAUUACAUCAUACAUGGACCUAUCAAGCACUGGCACAUGACGUGCUAGAAAUGGCAUUAAACAGACUUGUUGUGGAAGAAAAUGUAGGAAGAUCUCCUGCAGGAGGGACACGUUCAAAAACUCGAGCUUAUGAACUAGAUAAUAAGGACAGAUUUUGGUGUCAACAUAAAGGUAGUCCAUUCCCUAGAGUAGCUGAAGCAAUACAGGAGGAAUUAGAGCAGUAUCGUACUUUUGAAGAGGAUGUUAAAAAAUUGAAAUCAUCCAUGGGUAUUGAUACUGAUAGUGAAGUAGCAUUGUCAAUGGUUUCCAACAAUACAGCACGUUUGACAAAUGCUGUAAACAAUUUACCACAACUGUUGGAGAUGAAAAGAUUGAUAGAUAUGCACACAUCAAUUGCAACAGGCAUUUUAAAUUCCAUAAAAUCCAGAAGACUUGACACAUUCUUUGAAUUAGAAGAAAAAAUAAUGAGUAAACAAACAUUAGAUAGAAGUGUAUUAGAAACAAUAAGUGACCCAGAUUGUGGUACUCCAGAGGAUAAGCUACGCCUUGUCAUUAUAUAUUAUAUUUGUACAAAUAUGUCGGAUAGUGACUACAAUAAACUUGAGGCAGCAUUGUCUGCUGCUGGAUGUGAUUUAAAUCCUUUACUAUACAUAAAAAGAUUAAGGAAUUAUACUAGGAUAGCAGAAAUUCAGAACAGUUACGAAGGUGGUGGAACUAAAACAGUUAGUAUGUUUUCAAAGCUGAUGAAUCAGGGAUCAUCUUUUGUAAUGGAAGGAGUAAAAAAUUUGGUUGUGAAAAAACAUAAUUUACCUGUUACAAAAAUAGUUGAUGAAGUGAUGGAAUCAAGACAAUCAUCACAAACAGAUGAUUAUUGUUAUUUAGAUCCAAAGCAACUGAAGCACACAGAACAAAUGCCAAAGAAUAGACCAACAUUCCAAGAUGUAAUUGUUUUUAUUGUCGGUGGUGGAAAUUACAUAGAAUAUCAAAAUUUAGUGGACUAUGUAAAACAGAAAAGUGGCGCUGGGGUUAAUAAACGAAUUACAUACGGUUCAUCAACGUUUAUUAAUGCGAAGCAAUUACUUAAACAACUUUCACUCCUAGGACAAGAGGUUCACUCGUAA